CAGUGUUGGAGAGUUCAGUGCCGUUCAGACGAGUCAAAACCAUAAUUACAACUUGACAACUUCCCACACAUUUGAAGUGCAGAUCAUACAAGCAAGAAUCACAGCCAUGGUUGUAGAAGAGGGACCAUUGAGGAAUGUCGUUGUGUUCGGAGUAUGCAUUCAAUCUUCCCUUCCAAGAGGCAGAACCUGGGACCAAAAUGGCUAACAAAUCAAAAAAAGGCCGGCGGAACCAACAUAGGACACCACCUUGUCAAAGCCCUUUUGAGCCAACCCGAAUCCUUUACUGUGACUAUCAUUGCCCGCAAAUCAUCCAAGUCGAGAUUCCCCGAGGGCGCCAAGGUAGUCUAUGUCGACGACAGCCUCCCGCACGAGGAGCUUGUAAACGCCAUGCACGGUGCGGACGCCGUGGUGUCGGCCAUUGGGUAUGGGUCGAUCUCGGCCGAGGAAAAACUCAUCGAUGCUGCCAUCGACGCCAAGGUCAAACGCUUCUUACCUUCAGAGUUCGGUGUCAACAACACAAACGCAGCUGCCAGAGCUCUUUCUCCUGUCUUCGAUGCGAAAGGAGGGGUAAUUGACCUGUUGAGAAGUAAAGAGGCUACAGGAUUCACUUGGACUGCUGUGCCGACGGGGCUAUGGUUGGAUUGGGCUCUUGAACCGGCGAUCGCGUUUGCCAAUAUCAACAUCCAAUCCCAUACUGCAACCCUAUGGGCCGAUGGCAAUCAUGCACUAUCGUGGACGACAUUGCCUUGGGCCGCGCACGGAAUCACCCAAGUCCUACUUUCCCCGUCAAAAACAGCAAACAAAGUCGUCCCGAUUCGCGGAUUCGAGGCAUCACAGAAGGACAUCAUUGCCAUGCUCGAAAAGGAACAGAACGUGACUUAUAACAUCGAGCACUUCAAUCCAGACGAUGCCAUUAGUAAGGCGCAGUCAUCGUGGCGCGAGAACAAGGAUAUUCCGUCGGCCUUACAGCUUGUCCAGGCUGGCUUCUUUCUCGAUGGGUAUGGGAGCGACCUAGUCGGUGAAGGAAUCGUACAGACUGGAAACGAGUACUUGAAUCUGCCAGAGUUGAGAGUUGAGGAAGUUGUCAAGAAAGCCGUCGCACAAUGGGCUUGAUCGUCGCGUGUACAAUAACAACUCAAGAUGAAGAAGAUGGCAAUGGGGUUUCAGUAGAUAGACGAAGAUAUAAAUUCCCAUGUCUGACCAAAAC